CUCAGCUGGCUGACUGCUGUUUCCUCUCGCUGCACACGUCGGGUCCUCCCCAUCUGAAGACUGAGUCCGCCCUCCUCUCCUCAGCUCCUGUCCCACAAGUCCAGCGCAUCCAGCAGCAGGAGCAGGAGCAGCCCUGUGGAGGAGGUGAAAACUUUUACUCUUUCACCUUGUUUUGUUUUUUUCAAACGGACACAUCAGGAUGGGAGUUAUAAGAGCAGUUUAUGAGAAGUCUGCAGGUGUCCUUUAAGCAACAGACCCAGCUGGUGGACGUUAGCUGCUGCUGAGUGUUUCCACACCUGCCUGCUGAGAGAAGAAGGAGGAGGAACCAUGAUUGACCUGAGCCACCUGACGGAGGAGGAGCAGGGGGUGAUAAUGACGGUGCUGAGGAGGGACGCUGAACUGAAGAAGGCCGAGGAAGAGAGAAUCAGCAAACUGGAGAAAAUACUGAACAGUGGCUCAAAGACGGAGAUCAAGCGGAAGUACCUGACCGGAGAGUGGUUUUACGAGGCCAAGUCUCGCAGGCACAUGGACAAGAUCCACGGGUCUGAGAUCAUUCUGGCCUCCAUGAAACAGAAGAAACCUGUAUUAGACGGGUCUCUUAGAAUUGAAAGAUCCAAGGCACCCAGCAGUCGAGGUUCAGAUAUCGUCGCUCCGCCAAAACCUGCCAGAUGUUUGGAAGCACUACAGCCGCAGGAUAUCAAUGAUGCAGAAAAAGAGAAUCUGAAUUCAGCGGUCCGCUCUCCAAGAACGCCAAGGCACAACCCUUUCAACCGUGCUUCCCUCAUUGUUGUUGAGCCACCUGAAAAUAAUAAUGACAUGUCAACCAGUCGGGACCAGGAGUCGUCUGAAACAGAGCCCAUAUCUCCGCUCAAGAGCCACCCAGCGGGAGACGCUUGUCAGACUUCAGGGGGCUCCAUUACUUCAGAGGGCUCAUCUGUAGGGUUCAGGCCAGUGCCGAAGAAGAGGACAUUUCUCUCAAGACGUACAUCCACUCAGUCGGACAGCAAUGGCCUGGGGUUAGAUGCUCAGGUAGGGUCAGCGGCCGUUGUUCCUGCCCCAAGACCGAGCCUCCAACGAGGGUCCAGUGGGAGCUCUAACCAGUCCUACCCGAAGGGCCAAGACGAAAUGCCUCAGAAAAGUGUAAUUUCUGAUCAAGUAUCUCAGUCUGCUCAACCAUCCAAAUCUCUAGAUGAAAACUCCCCGCAGCCACUCUGUGAUGUGUCUCAGGUUUCGUCUAAUUCCAGUCUGGAGAGAGAAAGAAACCCACCUUCUCUAACAAGAGACAGACCAGCCACGUACACCAGGAGUGAUGCGUCCACUGACAGAGAAAUCCCAAAAAAGAACGAUGAACAAGAGGAUGAGACACACAGGGAACGUGCAGAAGUGAACAUCCUGCACACCGGCAGCAUUCAGGAUUCAGACAGAGAAAACAGCAGCAUUGCGGGAACAGCAAUGAGACAGGAUGAGCUGAGUUUGCCUCAAAGCACUGGGGAUCCAGAUCCUCCAGUAUCUUAUGACCUCAUCUUCAUUGAUAAGUCUAACAAGAAAUCAAAUCAGAAACAUGGAUUUAAAUUAUCCACCCAGACUACGAGUCCCACUGGUGAUGAAGACUCCAUUGUGAAGGUGCUGGACUGGUUCAACCGUAGUACAGACAGCAGUGAAUGGUUAAAUACAGAUGAUGGUCCAGAGGCCACAAAGAGCCCUCACAAACAUGUAGAAAUCAGCAAAUUAAGAGGUGAAGAUUCAUUAAGAAAAGAAGCUGGGGAUGUUAUAAGUGAGAGGAAGAAAGAAAGUCUUGAAAUGAAGAGAAGUCACUUACAAAAACAGUCCAAUGAGGGUAAAGAGUUAAGAACAAAGGACAGAAUAGGCAACAAGGAACUAACAAAAACACAAGAAGAGGUGACGAAAGAUACCAGAGAAAGAAUGCGGUCACAGGAAUUUGUAGAUAAUAAUGAAAGCCAACCACCGCAAAUCGCUCAUCUGAAGUCGUUCUGGGAGAAAAGCAAUAUGGGUCCUAAAAUACUUAUCAGCAACUCAAUCACGGCCAACGACAAAGCACAAAAACCUGCUCGCCUCACAGCAGAGAAAGACGAGGAGAAAGUGAACAAACCCCCCGUGUCUGAUAUGUCCUCUGUGCCUGGAAUAUACAAUGGGAAGGGGAGUUAUGAUAAGUACGCCUCAAAUCAUGGAGAUGAAAGAGAACAGCUGGUAAUCAGUCCACAAAAAGAUAUAGGAGACAAUGUCCAUUAUAAUAAUAACAAGGAUGUAGACAGACAAAGGAACAAUAACGACCCAGCAUACAACUCAGAUUAUUUAAAGUUAGUAGACAGACCCCAAGUAGCUGACAGAAGAGAUUCAGACACUGAGAUUUUAAGUGUAACUAGACUCAGUCCACAGCUAAGGGCAGCCAUCCAGUCCAGACUGAGUCCAGACUCAGAGACCAUCUCCUUAGUCAAACCAAAUCCACAGCCUGACAGUAUUUCCCAAUCUAAUGAAACGCCACUGCAAGACGAACUGUCCAAGACUAUUCCUGCGUCUCAACUGGAUAUAGAUCUCCAAACAAGGGACAGUCCAGACUCUGAGAAGCUCUAUUUGUCCAGAAACAGCCCAUAUAUGGACAAGCAAGGUGGGAAUGAUAUACAGAUCACCCAAAACAAACCACCAAUGCGUAGAAGUUCAAGCGAUGAUGUUAAGAGGAGGGACAGUGAAGAUAAGAGCAUGCAAUCCAGCAUGUCUCCAAAACGAAAGGAAGAUACGUCUAAUAAAGACAAAAUCAGCAGUCCUCACUCAAACAGACAAGGUUUACCACAUCAAGAAAGUACUGCAGAGAGGAUAAAGCAGCUCAAAUCUUUCUGGGAGCAGGAGAGGAACAAGCCCAUGUUUUACACCGGGAAACCGAAAGCUCUUGGGGAUGGUAAAGUCGCUCGUGGUGCGAAUCAGGCAAAACUGAAUAAAAGAUUUACAAAGUCGGAGUACGACUUGAGGUCAAUUGGAAAUUUUUCAGGCAGUGAUGAGGAAGACGCUGAUGGAAAUAAUCAAAAUUUUACUGUCCUACCGUUGAAUCAGAGGAUAGAAAAGUCGUCCCCUAGUCUGGGCACAAGCCGAACACAAUUUAACACUCUGCGUGAGUUCUGGGACGAGGCCACGUCAGAUACCAAGGGAUCAUUUUCCUUUGACAAACCCAAAAGCCCCAAAAGGAAAGACUCAACAAGUGCCCAGCUUACAUCUCAGGAGUUAAAGUGUGGUGACCCUGAGAUUUACCGUGAGAAAACAAGACCAGCUGUCAUGAAAUCAUCUCCGCCUUCUCAGAAUCGAUCAAAGUCGUCUCAUGAUACGAGGUCACGAGGAGCGAGUGACUGCAAAAACAACCUGUGGAAUUAUACAACAGCUGAGCAGCAGAGAGAGUCCAAAAGGAGCUCAAAAGAUUCUAAUAGAGAGGAAAAAUCCACGAAACCACAAAGCAAUUCAGGAAAAGAGACUCGCUCUCCUAAGACCAGAAAAGACAGCUUUAGCAAUUCAAGCAGUCGUGGAAAUUCAAUGCGUCGGGCCACUAGCAUGUUCGCUCUGACUGUUCCUGAUGAAAAAGAUCAAAGCCAGCUCAAAAUGGAUGUAAGCCCUGUUCACUCCCAGAGCAGGAAGCAGAGGCAGAACACUGAAAAGGGCACCAUGUUGAGAAGAGCAUCAGAGGACAGUGAGACUCUGACUCCACGUGCACGGGCAUGUGUUCCCAGAGACUACCGCCAUUACCUGGGCAUGACAGAUGACACCAGCGUCCACACCUCCUUCGUCCCAGCUCUUAAGGACGAGGGAUCAGAGGGCAAGUCUGGGUAUGAAUUUGACCUGGAUGGGCCGGUGAGAGCCAGCACUCCAGUGAGCUCAGACGACCGUUACGGCAGGAAGGGAAACAAGACGAGUCAGCGGCCCCUGUGGGCAAACUACAGCAGUUCAGACACAGGCCAGGAGUCAUCUGUCAGCAGCACAUCAGAAACCUGGUCCAACUCGAGGAAUAGUUCAAACCGGGAGAAUGACGAUGAGGGCCAAAACCCUGUAAGGAAAGCAUUGAGGCGAGCAGAAGCACGGCCUAAAAAUCUGGCUAAAAGUAUGGAGGACAUCACAGCAUCCUUGUCACCACGACAAGAAAGAAGGCAAGACCCGACUGCCGACAUGAGACGAAUCAGUGAUGCUUCAUCCAUCCCAUCACCCUCCUCAUCCUUAUUUUCGGAUCCGGAGCACCUGAAGAAGAUGAGCAAAUCAGUUCCUUCGUUCUUACAGAAGGAGGACGUUGGCAGAGACACUGACUCCAACUGCGAGGACAGUUACGACCGAGGAAGACUAAUGAUGGGCAACUCUUUGACUAACCUCACCAGCUCCUCUGGCAUGGCGUCUGUGUCUUCUCUGAGUGGAAGUGUGAUGACCAUGUACAGCGGGGACUUUGGGAAUGUGGAGGUUCAGGGAAACAUCCAGUUCUCCAUCAACUACAUUCAGAGGCUCAGAGAGUUUCACAUCUUUGUGGCUGAGUGUCGAGAUUUGGCUGCGGUCGACCCAAAGAGGGGCCGCUCAGACCCGUACGUCAAAAGCUACUUGGUUCCUGACAAAGCUAAUCUUGGAAAGAGGAAAACAUCUGUAAAAAAGAAGACGCUAAAUCCAACUUUCAACGAGAUCCUCAGGUAUCGUGUUCGCAUGGAGUACCUCAGAACCCAGACACUCAUUCUCUCCGUUUGGCAUCACGACACCUUUGGCAGGAACAGUUUCCUGGGCGAGGUAGACGUGGAUCUUUCCAAGUGGGAUUUUGACCACACCCAGAUGAACUACUUAGCCCUGAAAGCAAGGACUAUACCCACUCUAGCACCAUCAAAUGGUCGAGGAGAGAUGAGACUAGCCGUACGUUUCCUGCCACAGAUCAUCCACAGCGAAGGAUUAGCUAAGGAGGCUUCAAACACUGGAGAGAUUCACAUUUGGGUAAAGGAAUGCAAGAACCUGCCUCUAAUCAGGGCCACCAUUGACCCAUAUGUAAAGUGCUUUGUGCUGCCAGACACAAGCAGGAAAAGUCGCCAGAAGACACGCGUGCUGCGGAGGACAGUAGACCCAGCGUUUAACCACACGAUGGUGUACGAUGGCAUCAGAGAGGCUGAUCUAGCAGAAGCCUGUGUGGAGCUCACUGUCUGGGACAGAGACAGGCUAGCCAGCAACUUGCUAGGGGGCCUGAGGCUUGGAGCUGGAACAGGCAGAAGUUAUGGGGCAGUGGUGGACUGGAUGGACUCAACUCCCUAUGAGGUGGCCCUAUGGGAGCGCAUAAAGGCCACCCCGAAUGAAUGGGUGGAGGACGUACUCCCGUUAAGAAUGCUGAAUUCUGCCAAAACUGCUUUUAAAUAAGUAAAAGUAUACCAAAUUGUCAUACUCCAAAGACAGUGUAUUUUUGAGAGGUAAAACCACAGUAAAGUGCAUUGAUAUAAAUUACAGCAGCAUGUUAUGCCACCUAACAAAGCAGGGUGGCGUUGUGAACAUUUCUGUCAACAUCUUCCUCAAAGUCCACAGGUGCUCGAGGAAGAGGUGAAAUGAUACUAUUGAAACACCCCUGGAAACUCCCCUGGAGAGUGAAUUUUGUAUAAAUCCAGUAACUGGCACAACUGUGGGCUCUUAUUCAGGCUGUAAAGAAGAAAUUUAAGACACCUGCAGGUACAUGUGUUUGCAGCACUGAGGCACGCAAGGAAAUGUAAUCAUGAAACCAUGCAGCGAUUACACUAAAUGGCCAAUAAAAACAUUUAAAAACCAACUCACAUGGGUGCCCGGUUAGCUCAGUGGGUAGAGCUGGUGACCCAUGUACUGAGUCCUUGCUGCAGCGGCCCAGGGUUUGAAUCUGACCUGUGGCCCUUUGCUGCGUGUCAUCCCCACUCUCUGCCCCACUUUCCUGUCUGUCUUCAGCUGUCAACUAUAAUAAAGGCAAUAAAAGCCCAAAAAAUAUACUUAAAAAAAAAAA